GGUGCACUAUCAUUGACAAAGCGUGACACCACCAGGAUAGAUAGGAUCGAACUUUAUUAUUUGUUUGUUGUUUGAGAUAUUGCCUUUUUUUUACUUUUACAUAUUAUCAUGAAAAAAUGGGUAGCUUUGCUUGGAGGCGCAAUGUUUUGCGUCUUGGUAUUUUCRAUGUACAUGGUCGUGGAUCAGCUAGGGAAAACGCCAAAUUAUAACGAAGCCUUUGCAGUGCAGGUGAAUGACAAAAUUAAAGUUCCCAUUGAAAAUCUUGAACAUGACAUAAAUGUAUUAGAGGGCAAUUUACGGAUGUCUGGCAAAGUCAUAGGCCGUUUGCGKGAUUCUGUUAACCGAAUACAAGGAGGCUCUCCAUUGAAUAAGUCUGAAGUGAAUGAUAUCCCAGAACUGCUAAACAACAAGGAGAAAACAAAAACUUAUAAACUGCCUGAAUUACAGGAACAUGAUUAUAGAACUACAAAGAAGGYUGAUCAGGCUGCAAUUGCAAAGCCAACUUCUGAUGAUGGAUGUGUUUUCUCAAGAGUCAAAUCAUGGAAAUCAACAGAUGUGAAGAUGCUAGACGCAAUGGAUGCAAUUCCUUUUGAUAACCCUGAUGGUGGUGCUUGGAAACAAGGCUGGGAUGUUACUUAUGAUGAUAGCAGUUUUAGUGAAAAGCCUUUGCAAGUUUUUGUGGUUCCACAUUCUCAUAAUGACCCAGGGUGGAUUAAAACACUUGAUCAGUACUACAGAGAUCAAACACGUCAUAUCUUAGACAAUGUUGUUGAUGCACUGGCUGCAGACAGUAGGAGACGAUUCAUCUGGGCAGAGAUAUCCUACUUUUCUAUGUGGUGGAAUGAUGCAGAUUCUACAAGAAAGGCUAAUGUUUUGAAGCAAUUGAAAAGUGGUCAAUUGGAGAUAGUUACUGGUGGAUGGGUAAUGAAUGAUGAGGCAAAUCCACAUUUUUAUGCGAUGUUAGAUCAGAUGAUUGAAGGACAUCAGUGGAUCGCUGCCAACCUUGGUGAAGAUAUAAAACCAGUGUCAGGAUGGGCCAUAGAUCCUUUUGGUCACACCUCUACUAUGCCAUAUCUUCUCAAGAGAAUGGGAUUCACUAGUAUGCUUAUCCAGAGAGUCCACUAUCAAGUCAAGAAAUAUUUAGCAAAAAGAAGAGACUUGGAGUUUAUGUGGAGGCAAACUUGGGAUCAUGGUUCUACAACUGACAUCUAUUGCCAUAUGAUGCCCUUCUAUUCUUAUGAUGUGCCACACACCUGUGGGCCUGACCCUAAGAUUUGUUGUCAGUUUGACUUCCGUCGUCUACCUGGUGGUGGCAUUAGUUGCCCAUGGAGGGUUCCUCCUGUUGAGAUCUCAGACUUCAACAUUGAUAGCAGGGCAAGAACGCUGGUUGAUCAGUACAAAAAGAAGGCAUCUUUAUACAAGACMAAUGUGGUGUUAAUCCCUCUUGGUGAUGACUUCCGAUAUGAAAAAACAUUUGAGACACAUGCACAAUUCACAAACUACCAGAAACUCUUUGAUUAUAUCAACUCACAUAGUGAAUUAAAAACUGAGGCCAAAUUUGGAACUUUGUCAGAUUACUUUAAUGCAGUAUACUCAAGAACAGGAACUGAAGCAGGACACAAACCAUCUGAGACUAUAACAUUGAGUGGUGACUUCUUUACUUAUUCUGACCGAGAUGAUCACUAUUGGAGUGGAUACUAUACAUCAAGACCUUUUUACAAGAAUUUAGACAGAGUAAUGGAAUCACAUCAUCGGGGUGCAGAGAUCCUCUUUUACCUAGCUCAAUCCCAUGCAAAAAGGGGAGGAUCAGCUGGUUUCCCUGGCGAUAGUUURUAUAAACUGCUGUCCAAAGCCAGACGCAACAUGGGACUAUUUCAACAUCACGAUGSAAUCACAGGGACUGCUAAGGAUUUUGUCGUUGUUGACUAUGGAACAAGGCUUCAUGAAUCUUUAAAACAUACACAAGAAGUAAUGAGUGAUUCAGCAAAAUUUCUGCUGCAAAGGAACAAGGCUGAUGCACCUGUGCUGGAGCCAGGUGAAGAACGCUUGAAUCAGGAUUCUAUGCCUCAAAAGAAAUUGAUAAUUGUAUCAUCAACACCAAGGAGUGUUGUGUUUUACAAUCCACUGUCCAAGCCACGUACAGAGGUUGUUAGUGUUUAUGUCUCARGUCCUUUGGUGACGGUKACUGAUAGUGAAGGGAAAAUUGUUCCAAGUCAAGCUAAUCCAGUUUUUGAAAGUGGAAAUAGGUUCUCAUCUUCUAAGUUUGAGCUCUUGUUCGUCGYCCAUACAUCAUCACUUGGUCUAUCCGUGUAUCACAUACAAGAGUCAUCAACAGACAGCGAUAGUCACAUGACAGCACAAGUAACGGCAUACACAAAUGAACAAGGAUCACAAAAGCCAAAUGAUAAGUUUACUUUCAAUACUAAAAAGAGAGGUUCAGAGACAAUAACUAUGCAAAAUGAAGACAUCAUGGCAGAAUUUGACAGCAAUAAUGGACUAAUUAAGAGUAUGACUGACAAGGCUGAUAACUCACGAAUUAAUAUCAACAUUGGGUUUAUUACAUAUGGGACUAAGUCCUAUGGUGACAGRAGUGGGGCGUAUUUGUUCCUUCCCGAUGGACCUGCUCAGUUGGUGAUGACAUCACAGUGUACACGAGYAUUGGUAAAUUGAUGCAAGAGGUUCGUGUGCAGCUCCGUAAUGUUGAGCACAUUGUACGAUUGUACGCUGUUGAUGGUCCCCAAGGAAAGAGUCUUGACAUUAAAAACGUUGUUGAUAUUCGUAAUAUGGGCAAUAAAGAAUUUCUCAUGCGCAUUACCACCGAUAUUGAAAACCAAAACAGAGAAUUUUACACAGACUUGAAUGGAUUAACGGUCCAGAAGCGAAGAACGYUAGACAAGCUUCCCACCCAAGCUAACUUCUAUCCAAUGCCYGCUAUGRCUUUUCUUCAAGACCGUAGAACUAGACUGACUGUCUUGUCAGCGCAACCAAAUGGCGUCGCUUCUCUACAGAAAGGUUCACUAGAGAUUGUGUUAGAUCGAAGACUUAAUCAGGACGAUAACCGGGGACUUGGUCAGGGCGUCCUGGACAACAAACCAACUCCAGCUGACUUCAAGAUCCUGCUUGAGACAUUCAAAAAUACCAAAGAAUCGACAAAACGAGAACCACUUGCCUACCCCUCCCUCCUGAGUCACCGAUUGUCCGACGAGCUACUUCGCCCACAGUUCACUUUUAUAGCUAAAGCUGAAACUACGAACGCGCAACUCAUGCCUAGUUUUGCYGGCUUGAUGUCGCCAUUACCAUGCGAUGUGUCACUUUUAAUGCUAAGGACAAUUCAGGACAUAASCGCCGAUUCGAGACCGUCAGAUGAGGCCCUUAUGAUAUUGCACCGGAGRGGUUAUGACUGUACCCUUGUCAAUAAAUGCUUAAAGAAUACUAGUGGUGGCAAGGUACUUCUCGAUAAUUUAUUCAAAGACUUAUCACUGUCCAAGCUCAAUUCAGUUUCAUUAACGAUGCUUCACGAACACGAGCAGAAAGACCCCGCCACGCCCAUCGACAUUGAGCCAAUGGAACUCUACUCAUUUAAAGUCAAGCUUAGCUGAAGAUUAUAAAGAUUUUAGAAUUCAAGUAAAAUUGUAAAUAUAGUAGAAAUAAUGAAUCCACGAUAUGAUAGUAGACCAAUUAGAUUAUUUCGGUAUUUCAAUACAUACACCUGAAUGCUUUCAUAUUUUUCAAACUUUUUAAGAUAGGUUCAGGAAAUUGUUAGCUAUAGUAACUGACGUCACUAUGCGUUUCUCCUAGUUUCUUUGCAGACAAAACAAAUAAGAAMAACGYGAAAUAUAUAUGUAUAUAAMUCCAAUCAGCCAUUACACUGUGAAAUUUUCUGGGGAACUUGCCCUGCAACKCCGUGCAUUUUUCCUCAGGAACUUGCAAUAUUUCUUGGCUGAGAUAAGCUGCGAACUAAGAUGGCGGUCCAUCUCGAGAAAAGUUGCUGGAGCAGUGUUACAUAGGUAAUGGCGUUGCAAGUUGCUGCAAUGCGUAACAAAAUGUAGACUUGAGUUCUACUUUCUGUUAAAUCGGCGAUUCUUCAKCAACUUCUGUCACAACAGUCUCGCAAGACAAGUUCUUGAGAAAAUCGCUAAUAAACAGUGUCGCCAUUUUCUUUUACAAAGCAUGAUGGGAGAACAAAUUGGCGCACAUUUUUAUAUCCGCURAAAUGAUUCCAAUAACUUGUUGAAUUUGCUAAAAUGUAAAUUGUAUGCAAGCUUUGAAAACGAAACCCUGGAAAAAGGAAUACCAGGGGUCAGUACUUCAUGUAAGACCCUAUGAAUUGGCACUUGCCAAUAUAUUACUUUAUUAGGAGUAGGCUUAGGAUUAGGGUAUAUAUCGUSACGGUUCUUACAUGAAGUAUUAACCUAUGAGGGAUUGUAAAAUAUGACAGCGCUUAUUUGCCUAUUCUAAUAGUAUUCAUAACUAAAAACUUCAGUAAGUUAUUGUGUAAAGCUGGUGUAAAAUAUUUCCUUCUAUAAUAUCAGUUUCAACAAUUUCAUAGACUCUACCAACAGAAAUAUAAAUUUCUUCAUGKAAAGUGCUGAUGUACGGGAUUUUCGCACGAGUUGGUGAUGAAUCAGAUUCAWAAMAAGGAAGAGAAAAAGAAAGAGUUUGUUUUUAAUCGGAUUACUUGACUACGAUUGUUCAAACGGUGUCAGUGGUGGAAUAGGAAAACGCUAAACCCGUGAAACUAACUUUGAUAUUAAUAAAUGAAGCRGUAUUUUGUAAUAACGGCUUCUGUGAAUGAUCUCUGGCUUCAUUGCACGAAACAAGUCUACUAUCCAGAAAAAUACGAUGAUUAUUUUAUAAGAAAAAUAUCUAUAUAAAAGCAAUACAUCAACUCAUUAAGGACAGAACAUUGUAAAAAGUCAAAUGAAUUAAUGUAUUAAAGAUCRUGAUUUACCUGAA